GGCCGGGGGAUCGAUCCGGGCCGCCCAGCGGCUGUUCCCAGCGCUGCAGUCGGGCAGGGCGGGGCCGGGGGAGGCCGAACGGCCCCGGGCUGCCUGCACCUCGCCCCUCUCCUGAGCCGGCGCACGGGGCCGCCUUGCGCGUCCCGGGCGAAGGCUCCCAGCGCCGGGCCGGUGCUCGCCACCAUGGAAGCCGCGAGGGCGCCGCUGCCCCGGGCCGCGCUGGGCUGCUUGCUGCUGCUGAUGGGCCUGUGUGGGGCACGGGAGGUGCACCUGCCCCCAGGACCCCUGUUCCGCGUGGAGGGCACGGCCAUCUCCAUCCCAUGCAAUGUCUCGGAGUACGAGGGCCCCACGCAGCAGCACUUCGAGUGGUUCCUGUACCGCCCGACAGCGCCCGAGAUCUCCAUUGGCAUAGUCAGCACCAAGGACCCCGGCUUCCCUUACGCCGUCUUCAGCCCCCGUGUGCAGAGCGGGGAGGUCUCGGUGCAGCGCCUGCGUGGUGACGCCGUCGAGCUGCGCAUCGCCCGGCUGCAGGCCGAGGACGCCGGCGUCUACGAGUGCUACACGCCUACCACCGACUCCAAAUACCACGGCAACUACAGCAGCAAGGUGGUGCUAAAAGUGAUCCCUGACAAGCUCCGGGUCUCGGCCCUCACACACGGACCCCCUCUUCGAGGCCGCAUGGUCGGCACCUCCCCCCUGCAGCUCAGCCUGUCGGAGGGCCUGGCUCUGCAGUUGAGCUGCACGGCCCAGAGCCAGACGCUGCAGCACACGCAUCUCUCCGUCUCCUUUGGGGUCUCGGCCCCAGAGGCUCCCGUGGGGCACCAGACGCUGCAGGAGGUGGUCGGGGUGUGCCGUGACUUUGCUGUGGAAGCGGGCGGGCACUUUGCCGAGCGGUACCGCUCCGGGGAGCUCUCUGUGGCCAAGGCAGGCACCGAGCAGUAUACGCUGGCCAUCGGGCGGGUGCGCCUGGGUGACGCUGGCAACUACCACUGCACAGUAGGCGAGUGGAUCCAGGACCCUGAUGGCACCUGGCAGCUGAUCGCUGAGAAACGGGCAGCACUGGCCCAAGUGACUGUCCAGUCCAUUGCGAGCCAGCUGGCGGUGUCGGCCAGCCCACCUGAGGUCCGGCUCAGCGCUGGAGAUGCUCUGGAGCUCCUGUGCAACGUGUCCAGCCCCGUACCCCCUGUGCCCCACGUGGUGUAUGCCGUGGGCUGGGAGGUGGGCGAGCAGGACGGGGAUGGGCUGCUGGUGGUGCAGCUGGACACGGAUGGGGUGGCCGUCGUAGGGGAGAGCUAUGCCAACGGCCAAGGGGGCAGGCACCAAGUCUCGCUGCAGAAGCUGACGCCCACCCCAGGCACCUACCGGCUGCGGAUUGAGUCGGCCCAGCCAGGGGACGUGGGCACCUACCGCUGUGUGGCCCGGGUCUACAUGCGCUCCCCCGAUGCACAGCUGCAGGAGGUGGCCAGCAGCCGGUCGCAGGGGCUGAAGGUGCACAUGAAAUCAGAAGAUGUGGUGCUGAUGGUCUAUGCAUGGCUGCCCGUCCCCGCCACCUACCGCGGGGACACAGCCGAGCUGCUGUGCAACAUCUCGGUGGAGUCGACCCAGGCCGUGCAUGUGGCUGUCAGCUGGUGGGUGGAGCUGACGGUGGGGGACGAGGAGCCCCCGGGCCGGAUGGUGGCGUCUGUGAACCGCGAGGGAGUAGCGGAGCUGGGCAGGCGGGCAUCGGGCGGGGACAUGAGUGUCGACAAGGUCGGGCCGCACUGUCACCGGCUGCGGCUCCAUGGAGUGCAGCCGUCUGACGAGGGGAAGUACCACUGCGCCGUCACUGCCUGGGUGCGCUACGCGGACGACAGUUGGUACAAUGCCAGGGCCGUGAAGUCCAACUCCAUCACUGUGUAUCCCUACGCUCUCGCCAUGGACACCCUGUUCAUUCCCCUCAUCGUGGGCAUUGCCAGUGCCCUCUUCACGGGCAUCACCAUCCUCGCCACCAUCACCUGCUGCUUCAUGAGGCGGCUGCACAAGAGGUGAAGGGCUCAGGAGACCGGCCCUGGGACGCUGCAGGUGCCUGCUCCAUCUCACUCUCCUGCCAGCCUUUGCUCAGGCCGCCAGACACCUUCCUUUCCCCCUCGUGUGACUUUUGAGCUCUCACCUCCCUGGACUGGCUUGAGCAGCAUUUCAUCUCCUCAGACUCCAUGCUGGCUGCUGCCUUCAUUUGAGUCAUUCAGUAUAUUUUUUUCCUCUCCACCAUGGACUAAACUCAACCCAGAUCCAGGGAAGCCCCUGGUGGGGGAUGGGAAAGAUGCUGAGACCUGCAUCGGGGCAAAACGUUGCCAUGCCAAGAAGUCGAUGCAUCCGUCUGAGAGAUGCAGGCUGGAGAGGUCCCUCCCUGGAGGACUCGAGGGACAAUGGCACUGCCACAUCCACUCCUGGACUGGCUGGUUUCCUCCCCAGCCUCUGCAUUCCAGGGUGAAGGUUUGGGGGCUGCUUUUCCCUCUGCUGCCAGCGCUGCUGGAAACUCUGCAUCUUUUGUCCAUUGCCGUUUUUGCCCCCUCCCUUCUCUCACGUGAAGGCUCUGAUGUACUGUCCUAUGGACCUAGACAUGCAGCACAGGGCAUAUAAUUCCCCAGGGGAAGGGCCUGGUGGCUCUGUACUUGGGGGAACCCAAGACUUGAUCUGCUGGAGAUUGGAGUCAGUCAUGUUCUUGUAGCCUAUGUGAUGGGCAACAGCCUGCUAUUGUUGCCAGCUGAAGGAGCUCCUCCUCUAGCUGGAGCAGUUAGAGCCCUGUGCUUUCAAAGUGAAGGUCCUGGGUGCACACUCUCCUGAUGUGCCAUGCUGGUUGUGCGACCUCAGGUGACAUGAGAAAGGGGAGGUUCCUGCUGCCUUUUGUCAUGCCAAAGGAUGGGGGGCUGGGCUCCUCCUUUGUCCCCCCC